AUGGAGCACUCUUUCAACAAUAACAAGCGAGAGCACCAGAAGAAGCUCAUGAAAAAGAAGGAGAAUUUCUUCCUGCAGAAUGCAGAGGCACCUGUCAAAUAUUGCCAGGCUGAACUUAGGCAGAUUUCAGGGUCCCUGUUGGAAAGCAUUUUGAGAGGAACUUUCUCUGUGCCUGGAGGGCACAAUCUCUACAUGGAAGCCAAAAACAAGGUUGAAUGGGACUAUGAGCUGGUGUCCAGGAAAGGAGUUAAGGUGAACAAGGUCCUCCAGAGCUUCCUGCAGUCACUGGCAGCAAUAAAGGAAUCCAUCCUGCAGGCAGACAAAGCCCUCACUGAUGGGGAGAAGGUCAUAGCAGCUGAGCAUGCCAAGAAUCAGGCAACUGAGAAGGAACAGGAGCUGCUAAGACAGAAACUGAAGGAACUGCAGCAAAUAAUGGAGGCUCAAAAUAGAACCUUCCAAGAAAACAUAGCCCAACUGCAAGAGAAGAUGGAGAGGGAAAGAGAAAACCUUCUGAGUGAGCAGGAAAGGAUACUGGAACAGCAGCUGAAGAUAAGUCUACACAGAGCCUGGGCAGUGCCUGAUUGAGAAACACUAGUUCCUCAGACAGAGAAGAAGAAAAAUUUUAACCAAAUCAAAAUUUUAACCCUCAUGAUCCUGGAGGGAAAUCCAAAGGCAUGUGAUUCACUGAAACGUCAAAUAAACGUGGAUUGUGCUGAAGCCCUAAAUCUAUAAGACUCCAGCACCUUCUGUAGCUUUAGAGUUUGGAGGGCACAAAUAACACGCCUCAGGCUCCCGGACUGCUGUUUGUGGUGAUAUAGGGUCUCUUUGUGCCCCCAAGUGAAUAGGACCUUAGUCCUAUAGUCCUUAACAUGCUUAGUACAAUCUUCAAAGAGACCUGAAAUAGAUCCAUAUGGUCUUGAGAGUAUCAUAUUGUGCCUGAUGGGAAAUGUGGGGUGCUGAAAGCUCUAAAACUUGAUGCACUUGCUUCCAGGUCUGCCUGAUUCAUUGUAUACACCUACAGUAAAAUGCAUUGUUUGUUCCAACUUUAAGCUUGAUGACCAGUGUUCUAUAGAGAGUCAACAGUUUCCAUCGUUAGAAAUGUGUGGUCAUGCUACCUCGGUGGAACUGAGAAUUCAUUAGAAUUCAAUCUAUAUUCCACCUCCAAGUGCAUCCUUAGAGCUGGAACACAUUACUGAAAGAGCUGUCGGGCCUCACCUAGU